AUGUCCUUUGUUAUCCAGUCGAUUGUGCUUCUCUACGUGCUCUACAUUGUGAUCUCCGCGAUCCGCACCGUCUUCUUCCAUCCAUUGGGACGCCUACCUGGUCCCAAGCUCUGGAUUGCCUUUCCAUUCUUUCAACAUAUCGCAGCAGUUCGUGGACAAUUAGAUCAUGAAUUGCGACGCUUGCACCAACAGUACGGGGAGGUAGUCCGCUACGGACCAGAUGAGGUAUCAUUCACCACCGCGUCCGCCUGGUCGACCAUCUACGGCCCCGGUAUUGAGCUCCCCAAACCAAUAUAUGCGGUGUACAGCAAGUCCGGGAUCCUAAACGCCGACCUGGAGGAUCACGCCCGAAUCCGCAAGGCCAUGGCGCCGGCAUUCUCGCCAAAGGGGAUCCAGGCACAGGAGCCGAUUCUGAUGCACUAUAUCGACCAGUUGAUGAAGCAGCUACGCAAGGUAGCUCAAUCGGGGCAAGCCACGAACAUCACUAAAUGGUACAAUCUGGCAACCUUUGACCUGAUUGGGGACUUGACAUUUGGAGAGUCUUUUGGUGGGCUUGCCAAGGGAGAGUAUCACUACUGGGUAGCUCCGAUCCUGGACUAUGUGCGUAUGGUUCCGCUGCUGAGGGCCAGAGACCUGUAUCCGUGGCUGGUACGGGGCAUCAUGACCAUUCUGCCGUCCAGUUUGAGGGAAGCUCAGAAACGGCAGGAUGCUCACACGCGGGCCAUGGUACAGAAACGAAUGCGCUGUGAGACCCAUCGCCACGAUUUCAUGGCGUCCAUGCUGCGGCCACGGGGGGAGAAAGGGGAGCUUAGUGUGACCGAGCUCGAAGUCAAUGCUAAUAUCCUCAUCGCUGGCGGGAGUGAGCCGACGGCAACAUUACUGACGGGGCUAACCUACUGGCUACUACGGACCCCGACGGCCCUGGCGCGGGCGACGGAGGAAGUGCGAUCCCAGCUGCUAACAGAGGAGGAAAUCACGUUUGUGAACUUGACGACACGACUUCCAUAUUUGCAAGCGUGUAUCACCGAGACCUUUCGCAUGUAUCCUCCAGUGCCGACAGGACGGCAACGGGUAACGCUAUCGACGACUGAGAUCGCAGGCCAUCAAAUUCCUCCAAGGACGAAGGUAGCGGUACAUCAACUAGCAGCGUACCAGUCGGAACAGAACUUCCAUGACGCGGGUGAGUUUCACCCAGAGCGAUGGCUACCCGAGGCAAAAGAUUCCUCAUCUCCCUACUACCACGACCAGCGGGAGGUGCUACGACCAUUUUCUGUGGGGACGCGGGACUGCAUCGGCCGGCAACUGGCGUAUCAGGAAAUCUGGGGUAUUAUGGCACGUGUGCUGUGGCAUUUCGAUCUAGAACAGGGGCCGGGGCAGGACAAAUGGAAUGUGCAGCGGUCGUUCACCAUUUGGGAGAAGGGAGCGCUGGAAGUGUAUCUGCGUGAAAGAAGCCCUGUCAGUGUCGAGGUACCAGAUAGCACGAAGGUCUCUUGA